UUGGGACUCAAGUGUGAGUUCAAUAAAGCAUUUUAUAUAAGCUUUUAAGGAAAUGAUGUCAAAAGAGAUGGUUAAAAUAAAUCCAGAUAUGCUAAUGCUAAGUGAUGAUCAGACUCCUAAGAUUGGAGCUAGCUUGAGCCAAUCUAAACGAAGGAAGAUUUCAAUUGUUGGCAUUAAACCCAACAUACCUGACCUGAAUGUGAAACCUUGUUAUGAUUCUGAUGACGAAGAAAAAGGAGAAAUUACAAAAACAUUUGAGAAUCUUGCAGGUUUAAAAUCUCAUGAUGGAUGUUAUGUUCAUCAUAAGUUUUUGUACGAGCUUGAGGUCGAGAUCUUUGCUCGUCUUCCAUGCUUCGAAUACUGGAAACUGCGGUUUCUUAACAAGAAAUUUUUGAAGUUGUUAAAAAGUGGUGAAAUUUUCAGGGUGAGACAAGAAAAAGGCCUUGUGAAACCCUACGUGAUUUUGCAUUCAGGGGCUGAUUCAAAUUGGGAAAUGUUUGAUAAGGAUUUUAAAAACUUUCAGAAACUUCCUAAAGUUCCUUCUUCUGACUAUUGCUUUUUCCACAGCGAUAAGGAAACAAUUAGUGUGGGUACUCAGUUAAUUGUCAUUGGAAGAGAAAUAGAGGGAAUUGUGGUGUUUCGCUACGAGCUAGAGAAUCAUAAGUGGUUCAAAGGUCCUUCAAUGAUCACACCGAGGGUCAUGUACGGUUCUGCUAGCCAUGGAAAAAUCGCAUUUUUUGCAGGAGGCAUUCAAAAGGAUGACAAUGAGAACCCUAUAGUUGUUCGAACCGUAGAAAAGUAUAAUGCUGAUACAAAAAGUUGGACUAUGAUUAAUGGAAUGCAUAAAGCAAGGAAGUUCAGCUCAGGAUGUUUCUUGCGUGGAAAGUUUUAUGUCCUCGGUGGCCGAGAUGAGAAUGAUAAACACCUCACUUGUGGAGAAAGUUAUGAUGAGACCACAAAUUCUUGGGAGUUGAUACCUGACAUGUUAAAGGACAUGACAUUCAUUAUUCCUUCCCAAUCUCCGCCUCUUAUAGCUGUGGUUGAUGACAAUCUAUACAUGUUGGAGACAUCUUUGAACGAGCUUCGCGUAUAUGAUAUAAACACAAAUAUUUGGAAGAAACUUGGUGUUGUCCCUGUGAGCGCAAACACUACCUUUGGUUGGGGGACUGCGUUUAAAUCUAUGGGAGAUAGACUUCUGGUUGUUGGAACUUCUCACUCUUGGCAUAGGAAAGCAAUAGUCUACUCAUGCCGUCCUUCUCCAGACGUGGAAGAGCAGCACUGGGAAGAAUUAAAAUAUUGGUGCACUGGUUCUGAGCUCCCACCGUUUAUUCAUAACUGUUGUUUGAUGUUUGCUUAA